GCGCUUUAGCUGGGAGAGAGAGACAGAGGGGAGGGAGGACAGCGAGUGCGCGAACAGGCAGCAGCCAGGCGGGCACAUCAGCAACAGCGGCUGAGCAUCUUUCCCCCGAUCCUCGCCUCCUGACUCUGUUUCUAUCAUCAUUUAUUUUGGUGCCAAAUUUCUGCGUGGCGUGUGCGCCUCCGGUGGAGCCCCUCACAGCGCGGGGCUGAAGUGUCCAGAAGCAUCCGGCGACCGUUCACCUCCUGCCGCUCACUUUCCUCCGGAGCUCGGUUUAUUCUUAGCUCAGCUGCAAGAGACACAAACAGAGAGAGAGAGAGAGAGAGAGAGAGUGGGAGACUGUCCUUCCGGCACUCUCUCUUAUUUCUCCCAGUUUCUUGAAUAUUUCAUGGAAAAUGGCGAUCUGCGCGCAGUCGAUCGGCGUUUUCUGCCUCUUCGCCGUACAAACUGUACUUAUUAUAUGCGUCUCCACACCGACAGCCGGGACCCACCACUUCCCACAGCACUACACAAUGAUUCACUGGGCCGGACGCAUUGAGAAGGAGCUGGAAAAGGUUCUUCAGCACGUUACCGGAGCUCAGCAGAUGAGAUCGAUUUAUAAUGAGAAGAAGAGCCAGUUUGAAAUCAAGAGAAACAACCCCAAGGAUCUGGUGGAGCGAGUGGCGCGGGACAUCUCUAAGCUGCUAAACAGCAAGAGCAAAGCCUUAGAGAAACUGGUCCGAGAGGCUGAGCAGCUGCAGAAGGAGCAUGUGUGGAAAGAUGGCGUGACGGAGAAUGCCAUUUCAUACUACGAUUCGAAAGCGGAUUCAGACUAUCAGACAGAGGACGGAGAGGAGGAAGCUCCGCUGGAGACCUCGUCCUCCCUGGAGCUGGAGUUUGUCGACGAUCCAAAUUUUAAAAACAAGGUCAACUACUCCUCCAGUGCCGUCCAGAUUCCCACAGAUAUAUACAAAGGCUCACCUGUGAUCCUGAAUGAGCUCAACUGGACACAGGCUCUGGAGCGAGUCUUCAUCGAAAACCGGCGCGAGGACAGCUCUCUGCGCUGGCAGGUGUUUGGCAGCGCCACGGGCGUGACGCGGUACUACCCAGCCACUCCUUGGAGGGCGCCCAACAAGAUCGACCUUUACGACGUUCGCAGAAGGCCAUGGUAUAUCCAAGGUGCAUCGUCUCCAAAGGACAUGGUCAUCAUUGUAGAUGUGAGCGGCAGUGUCAGCGGACUCACUCUAAAGCUCAUGAAAACCUCCGUCAUAAAGAUGCUUGACACGCUAUCAGACGAUGACUAUGUCAAUGUGGCGAAGUUUAACGAAAAGGCAGAGGCUGUCGUCCCGUGCUUCAGGACUUUGGUCCAAGCCAACGUUCGCAACAAGAAGAUCUUCAAGGAAGCCGUCAUGCAUAUGCAGGCCAAAGGAACCACAGAUUACAAAUCAGGCUUCACGUUUGCCUUCGAGCAACUUCUCAAUGAGAGCAGUGCCCCGAGGGCCAACUGCAAUAAGAUGAUAAUGAUGUUUACAGAUGGCGGUGAAGAUCGUGCUCAGGAAAUCUUUGAGAAGUAUAACUGGCCCAACAAAACUGUUCGAGUUUUCACCUUCUCUGUUGGGCAGCAUAACUAUGAUGUCACCCCUUUGCAGUGGAUAGCAUGUGCUAAUAAAGGUUACUACUUUGAAAUACCAUCAAUUGGAGCCAUCAGAAUCAACACACAGGAAUACCUGGAUGUCCUGGGACGUCCCAUGGUGCUGGCUGGGCCAAAAGGUAAACAGGUGCAGUGGACCAAUGUCUACCAGGAUGCUCUGGGUUUGGGGCUUGUCAUCACAGGAACGAUGCCAGUUUUCAACCUCACUGCAGAUAGCGCUAGCUCUCAGAAUCAGCUCAUCCUUGGGGUUAUGGGAGUAGAUGUUGCAAUUAAUGAAAUCAAGAAGAAGACUCCAACAUACAGACUUGGGGCCAAUGGCUACACAUUUGCUACUGACCCAAACGGUUACGUGCUGCUGCAUCCUAACCUAAGACCCAAGAUCAUUAACUUCAGGGAGCCUGUCACUCUGGACUUUCUGGAUGCAGAACUAGAAGAUAACAACAAGGAGGAGAUCCGCCGACAGAUGAUUGAUGGCAAAUCGGGGCAAAGAAAAAUCAAGACGCUCAUUAAGUCAGUUGAUGAGAGAUACAUCGACGAAGCCAUGCGAACGUACACAUGGACGCCCGUUGAAGGUACAAACUACAGUUUAGGGUUGGUACUGCCCACAUAUAGUGAGAACCAUGUCAAGGCCAACCUAAGUGACCAGAUCCUUCAGGUGCAGUUCUCAUACAUCAAGGAUUUUGAAUCUCUGCUGCCAAACAGUUUUGAGUCUGAAGGACAUGUAUUCAUUGCUCCCAGGGAGUACUGCAAUGAUCUCGAACUUUCCAACAACAACACCGAGUUCCUGCUCAACUUCAUUGCCCUGAUGGAGAAGGUGACUCCAGACUCCAAGCAAUGUGACAGUUUGCUCCUUCACAAUCUGAUUCUUGACACUGGCAUCAUCCGGCAGCUGGUCGAUAAAGUGUGGAAGAAUAAAGACUUAAAUACAUACGGCUUCCUGGCUGUGUUUGCUGCAACAGAUGGAGGCAUAACAAGAGUCUUUCCAAACAAAGCUGCAGAAACCUGGGAGGAAGACCCAGAGCCGUUUAAUGCCAGCUACUACCGCCGUAGCCUUGACAACAAGGGUUACAUCUUCACAGCACCGUAUCGAUCAGCUGGGGCCGAUCUGUUGAACCCAGAAAACGACACAGUGGGAAUUUUGGUCAGCACGGCUCUGGAUAUCACAAUAGGCGGGAAGACGGUCAAACCUGCAGUUCUUGGAGUAAAGUUAGACCUGGAAGCAUGGACCGAUAAAUUCAAGAUUCUUGCCAGCAACCAUACGGACAGCCGUCAAGGCUCAAAUACGUGUGGACCAAACAGAGGUUGUGAGAUGGACUGUGAAGCUAAUAGUGAUGAUCUCCUGUGCUAUUUAAUUGAUGACGGCGGUUUCCUAAUCAUGUCAAAUCAGAAGGAUGACUGGAGCGAGGUGGGCAAAUUUCUUGGUGUCGUUGACCCAAACUUGAUGUACGCUCUGUACAACAAUUCCUUCUACAAGCGCAAGCAGUCGUUUGAUUAUCAGUCUGUGUGUGAACAAGUACAAAACAGUGAAGCUGGAGCAGCAAGGCGAGGAGUGUUUGUGCCUACGAUUGCAGACUUUGUUAACCUGGCAUGGUGGACAUCAGCUGCUGCAUGGUCCUUGUUCCAACAGCUUUUAUACGGUUUGGCUUAUCACAGCUGGUUUGUCACAGAUGAGGUGGAAGCAGAAGUAAUAGAGUCAAAAGAGAGGAGCUGCGUGAUGAUCCAAACCCAGUACUACUUCAGUAACCUCAGCAACUCCUACAACAUCCUCCAAGACUGCGGAAACUGUUCCAGGCUGAUUCAUGCCAAAAGGAUAAACAACACCAACUUGCUGUUUGUGGUAGCAGAAAAGCUGCCAUGCAGCUCCUGCGAGAUAGAAGAUCUUUCCCAGGACAAGGAAGAGUUCAAGGAGGAAAAUCCGUGUGAAGAAAUGACGACUGCACGGUAUCGAAAAGGACCUUCCACUUGCUUCGACAGCAACGCAGCUGAGAACACGUCAGACUGUGGAAGAGGUCACUCCUUCCGUCCGCCUCUCUACACCCUCCUGCUCAUUCAGCUGCUGCUGCUUUAUUCAGCUCUCAGCCCCCAUCAUCACUCUCUGUUACAUUAACUUCAUUCUCCUCAUCCUCGCUCCCUUCCCUUAAAAAAACCCUCCAUCCCUCCCGACUCUUCGCCUCCAUACCCGCAUCCUGAUGUUGUUUUACUCAUAGUUACUUGCGGGACCUCCUGUCGCGGUCAGUUGGAAGCCCAGAGUGCGGCGCCGUCCAGCUCGGACGCUGGACGUUUGUGUCCUCAGCCCGACCAGCCUACAUCUCCAAGCCAAGCUGUCGGUGCAGGACCGUCAAAGCACCCCAGAAAAGAGAAAACAACCCCCUUGUUCUCCAAAUACCACCUUCAUCUAGAUAAGAGAGAGAUCCUGAUACAGACUGGAGAUUUGGGGCUGACUGUCCGCCCUCCUCCUCCGAUGACCGGACUUCUUCUUCUCCUUCAUCUCAGAGUCUCACCAUCUGCCUCUCGUAAGGCUGUGGACCCUCCAGCCAGCUAUUCCACCACAGACGAUAAUAAGAAAAAAGAAAAAAAAACUAAACAAGUAUUCAAAAUGUCAAGUAUUACCUGCUGAAGUGAUGAGUAUUCCAAACAUGCCGUAUGCUUAGGAUUUAAUUUGAAAAGAAAGUUAAGUGUUAACCUAAAAUGCGCUAUAUCUACUUGCCAAAAUGAGAUAUACUUUCACGUGGUCUUAUUUUUGUAGCCAAAAACACAAAGAGGAAACCAGAAUUAGAUUUGCAGCAGCUGAAUUCUGACUCAUUUUGUGCAGCUCUAAUUAGUAGAUUAUUGUUUUUUGUUUGUUUUUUUAAGAAACAAACGAGAUCCACUGGGGAGCAUUGUUGUAAUUACACGAUAGAAUACCAAGCUUUUCUUGAAGUGUUUAUUAUAGUCUAUCAGUGCUAGUGCUUUCUGGCUCGCAGGCCCCCAGGCUGUAAAAUCUGAAUCAGCGUUCGGUUGCUGCUGGAACAUUGUUGAUGUCGUGUGGUAUUACUCUCUCUUUUACGAUCAAUCGAACCAUUCUGACCUCGGAAAAAAAGAAGAAGAAAAAAAAAAAAACUCACCUCUUAAAGAAAAAGUACUUCACCAACGCUCCGAAUCACAGUUGUCGUGUGUGUAUGUGGUUUACUCGUGUCAAAAUCAAAGCCUUUCUUUGGGACGGGCCAAUCAUGUCUAAUUUUACCUUUGACUGACACUGUUUAAUCUUUAAAACCAUCCGCUGCUGGGGGAUAGGGGCUUUUUUUUAUUUUCCAUCUAUAGCGCAGUAGGAGCCACUAAAUAUGGUGAUCACGUACAGUAGUAGUCACAGUUUGUCCUUUCUCCAUUGCAAUGUAUGGAUUUUCUUUAUAAUAAUAAUUGUUUUCGUUCAGACUCCCGCGUUUAGGAGCUGUUUCAUAGUGCCUUUACGCACUUUGUUUUGGCUGUAUAAGAGUGAAGCUACUGUAUAGUACCUUUAUAAAGCGCCAUGUUUGAGGCUUGGGACGCUGCAGGAGACUGAAUCUGUCGGCUGAUGCUGUAGAACUAGCUUUACACUGAGCCUCCGCGCUGACCGGCUCCGCUUAACGUCCUUCCCCCCCUCCAGAGCCUCCGGUCCGCCGUCACACGGGGAUUACUAUACAGUUCCUUUACAAAACCAUGUAUAGAGCUAUGAUACACUAUUGAUAUACAGUGAGUUAACUGGCCAUAGUGUGUUCGUAGGGCCACCUGACUGCUAUCAUUCUGCCUGGUUUGUGUGUGUUUGUGGACGUGUGUGUAUGUGCGUUUGUUUUAAAAGCCCUCGAAAGGAUCUUCGGUUCUGUGAGCGGGUUUGGGGGCGGGAGGCGGGGGUAAUAUUUGAGCUAGAACAGCUGUUUCUUACUGUUUCUGUGUGGCAGCAGACAAAAUCUAGUGUUGUGGUGGAGAAAUAAACUAAAAGAUCCACCUGUUACUCUGGUCGUGAGUUUACAUGAAGUCACAGAGCUUCGUAUGCAUAUCAGAUUUGGUAUCGAUGAAUUUGAAUCAUUCUUAUAGGGCUGGACAAUAAAUCAGUGACAUAAGUCGUAAUAAACACGGGAUCAGCAUCAAUAGAUAAUAUAUCUGAUGGAAUUUCACCGAACUCUGAUCCAUAACCGCACAGCAUUCUGGGAAUUUAAGCAGAACAUCACUUCUAGCUGCUCAACCUCUCAAGGAACGCUAAGAAAGAUUUGUGGCGUUUAGUAACUCACUCACUCUUUGGUUACCUAGCAGUAACUUGAGAACUUCCGGUUACCUAGCAACAACCUGUUGAGUAACUUGCGCAGCAGCAGUUUAAGGUUUUGCCUCAUAAAUGCUCAGAACAAAAACAGUCACGCCACCAGUUUGGUAGUAUUUCAGAUAUUUAAAACAAAAAAAUCUAAUGAAAUAUUAUUGAUAUCAAUUGAUAUGAAACUCUUAUAUUGUGAUGUGUUUUUUCAGCAAUAUCAUUCAGACCUACAUUCUUAGAAUAAUUACAUAUCACCUCUGUGAUUUUGGAUAAAUAAUAAUUCAAUUUUCUACAAAUACACAAUCUCAAAUGUAUUAUUUGGCUAAAUUUAAUAGUUGGAUAAACAUCUUCUGCACAUUUAACUUCAUUUUGGGGUUCAGUUGCUGCUUAUGGUAUUGGCAUGCUGCAAAAACAUCAAAUCCUAUCAAGUAACUUUGGUCUAGUUUCUAGUCCAAAUAUCUUGCUGAAAAAUCACUUGUAAGCUAGUUUUGUCUUCAAGAGUACUGAGGCAUUUGCACUUGAACCAAGUCACAAAUACUCGGUGGGAUUUGGUGUUUUUGCAGUGUGCAACAAUUAUGAAGAGGGACUACCUCAAAAUUACUCGACUUCAGUAGAAAUCAACAACUGAGUGUCUUAGAAAUUUGAAAUAGAUGGAAGUUCCAACAAGACAAAAAUCCCAAUCAGAACCAAAUUUUCAAUGGAUAAAGCUGGCUAACAAUAAGUUUCUGAAAUGGCAUUGACAUCAAAAUGUGUGAUCUAUGCUUAAAACAUGGGUCUGUGCCAGGAAACAAACAGUUUUUAAUGAGCUCUACCAAUCCUGCCAAGAGGAAAGGUCAAAUAUCCAACCAGGAAUGGAAGGAACUAGAACUAGAAAAUAUCCAACGUAAACUAAAAUGUUUUUUAAAAAACUAAGUUUUCCAGCAAAAAAAAAAGAAAAUAUUUAUUAAAUCCAUGGGAUAUAUACAGAUAGUGUGCAUGUAAACCUCUGACCAGAAGUGAUAGGUGCCACUCUAUUUAAAUGUUGAUGUUGAGGAGGUGAAGAAUGUGUAGUUUUAGUGUUUUCUGUCUGAAUGCAAAAGAGUUAUCAAAGCCGUUUUAAAUGCCUUAGUGUUACUCAGUGAGGAGAUUUGAUUCCCCACUUAAACCCCGUUUCUCAUGGAUAUCUAACCGAUUCUAAAAUACUCCCUUCACAGACUUUUCUUAGUGUUAUGCAUUAAGGUGCACUGAGCUCUGAUUUAUUUAUUUAUUUUUUACUUAUUUUCUCUCCUAAUGAAUUGUUGAUCGGUGCAUGUUUGCAUUAAAAAUGCUUGAGCGCGGGUGGGAGAUUUCCCGUUUUAAAAGCCUCUGACCUUGGAUGUUCACACCCACUCAGAUCUCACUGUGCAGCUCAGGUGAGAAUGAGUCAUGCAACAGUUUGAACCUUCACCACACACUCUGUACAGUCCUCGGUACUAUUUGAUGUGACAAAUCACGCUGGCACAGUAACUGCAGCUCAGCUCCUAGUAAACCUGAGACAAAACAAAAAAGAAAGAGACUGUUAAAGGAGCUAAAUUUAAAGCUAAAGAGUAUUAUUAAUUGGACUCUUGGCGUCUUUUGAUGCCUGAUGCAGUUUUACUUUUCUGGCAUUUGUUUGUCUCUGUCCUGUGCCAUUAAUUCUGUCUGUAAUUCCCUAUUUCCACUGUCUGUAAAUGAACGCUAAACACGUGCCUGUGGAAAUGUGCCCCCUGAUAUUUCCCCUUUUCCAGGAUCCGUACACUAAAUAUGAAAACCUACACUUUGUGCACCUGCACUGAGACGUUGUGCACACACACCUGUAAGCAGACGUGGUAAUGACACUUAUUUGUGCCCAGUUGGGAGACGCUGAACCGGUGGGCGGACGGAAGACAGGGAUGUCAGUCCACAGGUGUUUUUUUGCAGGGUUCCUACCGAUCUCAAAACUUUCAUACUUUUCCUGUUUGUAGUUUUUGCCACAUUGAAGAACAAAACCUUAUCCUCAAAUUACCCAAAUCAUCAUCUGAAUUUUGAUUCAUCGGUACAGUAAAAGGCAUUUAAAUGUUUGUUGGGGAAUGUGGACUGAGAUUAUCAGUGUUUUAAAAUCUAUUUAAAUUAAGAGUUGUUCGAUCAGGACUAGAUCAUCCUGUACUAAGUCCAGAGUCUUUAAAGCCGAUUCUGAUCUAUAACAUCUUGAUUUAUCGCAGAUGGGUGACAUGAAGCCUACAAACCUGUAAAAUGGUCAAUUUUUAUCUAUGACUAACUGUGCCUUUAUAUGUUACCCAAAAUUAAAAAUCAUGAGUCAAAGUUAACAAAUACGGUAACACUUUAUUUGAAGGGGUGUGCAUAAGACUGACAUAAUACUGUCAUAAACAUGAUGUAACACCCGUUACGAAUGAAUGAAUGAUUAUGACUGUUGUCAUGAAGUGUCAUUCAGUAAAUAAUAAGACUUUAAACGCAAAGUUGGACUUUCAAUGCAACCUUUAGUACAACUUUGCAUUCAAAGUGUCAUUAUUUACUGAAUGGCACUUCAUGAUAAGUCAUAACCAUUAAUUCCUUCAUGUUCAUAACAGAUGUUAUGUCAAGUUUUUUGACAUGUCAGUCUUAUGCACACCCCUUCAAAUAAAGUGUUACCACAAAUACCCAUGCUGAGAUGUGGCAAAAGAAAGAUUUAAUAUAAAAAAUAACCACUAAACACAUUUUUCUCAGUAAAUAUGUAACUUUACAGGAACUAGUGACGUUAAGUUCUCACCUGAUGACAACAUGAAUCCAAGUGAAACACACAUACAAGCCUGCUAAAAUGUGUUAAGGUGAAUUUCAUCCCCUCUACCGUUUUAUCUUUAGAUGGAUUUUUCUCCAUUCCUCUAGUCAAAGUUUUUCUCAACCCCUCACCAUGAUGUUACUUCCUCAAAACGUCACUGUCGGUCCAGUGAUUCUCCCAGAAUUUGAUCAACUUUUCCAAAAGCUAGACAGCAGAGUUAAGAUGCAUAGUUUUUCUUCAGCAGUGGAGUCUUUUGCAAUGAGUGUAGUAGAGACAAUAGCUGUUUUGUGCAUUCGGGGUUUUUUUCUGUAAAAUCACUCCACCUACUAAUUCCAGGUAUUUUGGAAGCUCUCUGUGGAUCAUCCUUAUGUCCCCCUGGUUAUUAUUUUAUCUUUCUGCGAUAAUGAUGUGGAUUAAGGUGAAAUAAUUUUCUUUCUACUUUUUGAUCGUGGAUCCAGCGGUGCACUGGUACAUUUAAAGAUUUAGAAAUGCAGAUGAGAUGUUUCUUGUGCAAUAAUGGUAAUGAGAAGACCUUUUGAUGGACCAUGAAUUAGGCUUAAACCAGAGAAUAUUCGUCGACACCAUCAGGGGGCAGAAUUGCUUUCUGAAUAACAGUCAUCAAUACUUGUUCUCUGUGUCUUUAUACAUUUUUCACGUAAUUUCUAAAUUAAUUUGCGUUUGUUUUUUUGUAUGUGUGGAUUAUUUGCAUUCUUACUGACAUGUGGUGCAAACUUUGUCAACAACAGCUUUAGAAAUACAGCUCUGGAAAAAAAUGCACUGAACCUCAUUAAAAUCCUCCUGGUUAUUCCACCAAAUAUUGAUUUCUGAACUCUUUCUGAGUUAAAACAUUAGUAUUGUUGUUCCUAAAUUAAUAUUACCUUGUUUUCUUUGCGUUAUUUGAGGUCUGAAAGCUCUGCAUCUUUUUCAUUAUUUUGAUCAUUUCUCAUUUUCUGCAAAUAAAAACUAAACUUUUGCUUGGAAUAUCAGAAACAUGCUGUCAAUAGUUCAUAGAAUAAAAGAACAAUGUUCAUUUUACUCAAACAUAUACAUAUAAAGAGUAAAAUCAGAGAAACUGAUCAUUUUCAGUGGUAUCUUAAUUUUUCCCAGAGCUGUCUAUUUAGUCAGAAAAUAGGUGAGAUGUUUAGUAGCUUUACAGGAAAACAAAACUUUAAAUUAUAGAAUAAUUACUUCAAUUUCUUAUCAUAGAUUGGUAAAAUUCUCAAAUCAAAUCCCAUAAUUUUGUGUCUUUUUUUUCAAGAUUGCGUAGGAGCCCUGUUUCUGUGUGAGCUCAGGGAGUGGGUCUCCACAGAGCAGCACGGGCCCAAACAGACGAAUCCUGCAGCUUCAUCUUUGCGUGAAUCCCGACUGGAAACACGCAUCUGAUUUCUCUGGUUUGACAGAUUUCCUUUUGCCAAAAACAGAAAAAUAACAACAAAAAAAAACAAAGAAAAACUAUAUCAAAUUGGACCAGCUUGGGGAUGAGAGGGAGGGAUCAGCUUUAAGACAUCAAGCAAUGUUUUCAUAAAGAGCGUCCCCCCCGCGACCCUCGCUGCCUCUGUGUUGGUGCGUCUCUGUGGGAAAGACGUGCGUAUGUGAUUCUGUAGUCUGUAGUCUGGUGCUAUGUGACCAUGUUUGACAAAGAGUGUGAAAAAACAGCAACAUUUAGAGAAAAAAAAAAGAGUUAAAUCAGUCAAAGUUAAAGUGAUGUUUAAAAAAUUAUAUAUAGGAAAACAGCACUGUUGAUAAGUUUGAGAUCUGACGUCGAAAUGGUUUUCUUCUCUUUUUUUUUGGGUUCUGUUUUUGUUUUACUUAUUGUACGUGUGUGUGAGCGUGAAUGUUUGUGCGUGUGGAAGAUUUAGCUCCUUCUCUUUUGGGCACUGGUCCAUGUCGCUCCAUUCUUUUGUACAGAUGAAGCUUAAGAGAAAAAAAAAUAAUGAAACAAAAAGAAGAAGAGGGCAAAAUUUGUAAAAUAUUGUGUCUGACUCCUUGUAAAAUAUUUUCAAAUUGUUUAUUACAGAGAAUCAGUUAUUAAAUAAUGUUCAUAUUUUUCACUUCA